UUUUGCAUGAAUUACAUUAAGAAGCUUGAUGGGUGAGGCUAUAAAAGGUUGAUGAGCUAAUCGUUUAUGCCUUGUACAAACUUUUCAAUAUAAGAUUAAAGUCCAAGGCGUCUCCUAUAUAGUUUCUUCUUAAAAUCAGAAUAAACAAAAGAGCUUCUUGAAGAGAUGGGAGGGCUGAAAAUGUCUUGGUUUCCCUUAAUAUUGUUGCUUAGUUUAACAAUCAAUAAUCUCUCAGAGGCUAGCCGUAAGCUUCAUUCUGCUGUUGUUGUUGGAACUGUGUACUGUGAUACUUGUUUCCAAGAGGAUAUUUCUAAGGCCGCACAUUUGAUUUCAGGUGCAUCUGUUGCGGUGGAAUGUAAAGAUGGGACUUCGAGGCCUAGUUUUCGACAAGAAGUGAGAACCAAUGAGCAUGGAGACUUCAAAGUUCAUUUACCUUUCUCAGUUGGCAAACAUGUCAAGAAAAUCAAGAGAUGUUCAGUGAAACUUAUCCGUAGCAGUGAGCCAUAUUGUGCCGUGGCCUCAACAGCAACUUCAUCGUCACUCCAUCUCAAGUCAGGAGAGCAAGGCACUCACAUUUUCUCAGCUGGGUUUUUCGCCUUCAAGCCAUUGAAACAACCAAAUAUAUGCAACCAAAAACCAAGUGUUGAAGAUUCUAAGCAAGUCAACACCCAAAACACAUUGAGGUUUGGCCAACCAAACUUUCCCACAUUCCCACCUCCACUUGCACAGCCAGCAACCCCACAACCAAGUCCCCUGCUUCCCAACCUCCCACCAUUACCUCAACUCCCUCCCCUGCCACCCCUGCCAUCCCUUCCAGGGCUCCCUAUUCCACCAAUUCCUGGAAGGAAUUAAAAAAAAAUAAUAUUAAUUAAUAUGAUAUGCAACUCAGAAAAACCAACCAAUGUGAUCAGUUCAUUACUUUCUCUCCAAUCUAAGAUUUCUUCAGUUGGCCAGUUAAUUAUAUAUAGGUAAAGUUCACUUUUCAUGUAGAGCAGCUGCUCAAUUCCCUAUUCCCGCCCCUUUAUCUUCCUGUUGAAAAUUGAUGUGGUUUAGCCUUCAAUGGAGAAUCUUCAUUGGCAUAAUAUAAUGGGAGUUUUAUA